UUUUACUUCACAUUUCCUCAUACCUGCAUAUUCGCUUAAAUACCCGGAAACGUGUUACGUAAACUCUCCAGAAGCCUAUCGACGCUGACACUUUACACGUCGUCUGAGGAAUGUUCUGCCCAACAAAGCUCUGAGCCUCUGACCUUGCCAGCAUCUAACAACUUCUGACCACGACUACGACAUAUGUGCCCUGCAACAAACCACAGCCGACCGAGGAUGCCGGGACCAGGCGGGAAAGCCGGCAUUGCCGAGCGAAAGUAUACCUCCAGGGCAUGUCUAGCCUGUAGGAAGCGCAAAGUCAAGUGCGAUAACGACCACCCAAAGUGUUCUAACUGCCGAAUGUAUGAUGUUGACUGCGUGCUUGGCGAGGACAGACGAAGACUCUCUGGGACUGCCCGUAAUGCUAUUGCCAAUUCCAGUAGUGACCUUCUCGGGUCGAACACCCUGGACGGACAGGCGGCCACUAUUGCAAGUCAAACAGUUCAUGAUCGCUACUACAUAAACCAAGGAUCGAAUGUCUGUACAACUAACCAGCCAUACGCCGCUUCGCAAAAGAAGCUGUUGCCCUAUGACCUUCCAACCGCCGCCGACGGCCAAGAACAUCAAGCCGCAGAAAUAGGAUUUCAUCCCGAUACUGUAGCAGCGACACCAGCUAUACCCCAGAGUUGGGAGUCAUAUAUUGGCUUGAUGGAGGCCGAUCAGAUCCCAUUUGAUCCCACUAUAGUUGAUUUGAAUACAGGCAUAGACGAAUAUGAAAACACGUUGUUCAACUGCGCUCACGAGGACUGGCCGGAGCAUCCCAGCGGCAGUUCUAUUACCCACAGCUGUAUAUCCUCCAGUCAGAAUAUGACCUCAGCUAUGUCAGAAAAUCAAUUAUCCUCAUCCUCCACCUCAGAGGUAGGCGAUGUGGCGCCCGUGCAAAUAGCUCGAUCAUCUGAGAAUGCUGACGGGGAGGGGGCUCAGGGGGGUACGGUUGACGAUAUCACGACACAGAUAGUAAGCCGCCUCGGACGUCUUCAAAUCGCCGAGGAUGGCCAACCACGGUACUUUGGUGCCACAAGCAAUCUGCACAUUCUGCACAACGGACCCUCAACACUGUUUCCACCAAAUAUCCGCAAUUUGUCCGAAGAUGGGGAGGCUGCUGUGGUUCAAGCAGGUCUUCAAUGGCAAGAAGAUGUUGACUAUGAGGACUAUCUCAUCAGCCUCUUCUUCUCUUGGCAUAAUGAGUUCAUGUGGAUUGUAGACAAGGCGAUCUUUCUCAGGGAGAGGGAACGUGUCAGGCAUGGCGAAUUUAGUGAUCUCUAUUCUCCAACACUCGUUAAUUCUAUAUAUGCGAUUGGCGCUUCGUACACAAAUCGGCCUCAUCCGGCCCUUCAUAACAAUGCUGCCGAAUUCUUCGGUUCUCGUGCUAAAGUAUAUCUUGAUAUUGAAGCAGACAGCCCUACUAUUGCAACCCUGCAAGCUCUUCUGAUCCUAUCAGCACACGAGGAAGCUAAUAUACGGGACUCUCGUGGCUGGAUUUACUGCGGAAUGGCUAUCCAGAUUAUUUCUGAUCUAGGCUUACAUCGUGAUCUAGAAUCCGAGUAUGGGAGGUUAGGUCCUCCUGGUAGAGAGGACGAGAUUGUAACGUUACGGCGGAACCUGUUCUGCUCUGCGUACACUGUUGAGACGCUGUGGAGUUCUGGUGCUGGGCGUCCAUCACUAAUGGGGACCUUUUCGCAUUGUCUCCCGCAGCCAGUCCCUUUGAGAAACUAUCAAUGGGAAUACUACUCGGAUCAAUAUAGUACGAUAGCGUUUCCUGACGGAUUCGAUUUUGGAGCAGGUGCUGAGGUGCAUGUUUACCUUUUUGAGUUAUGCAAGAUGAUGGCUAAAGUAUCAGAAGUUCUAUAUACUGGACGCCAUACUCCUUUAGAUAACCUUCAUUCCUUUGUCUGUGAAAUGGACAUGAAGUUUCAGCAGUGGUUCGCCACACUUCCAAGGUCGUUGCACGUCGAUACGUCAGAACCGGUCAAGACGAUAUACCUUCCAACAGUAAUACAACUACAUCUGCAGUAUCAGGAAGCAAUCAUCCUUCUACAUCGGCCAUUCCUUUCCGAAUCCGGGUCUCCGCAGACCUCGAGCUCGCCUGGAGAGUAUAUGGCUUCUAGUGGGAAAGAUGCAUUCUAUAGAUGUUUUGACGCCGCCCAGAAAGUGUGCGCCUUAUUAUCCCUUUUCCGAGGCUAUUAUGGUUUACGGAACUCUCAUAUACAGACGGGCCAUGUCGCUAUGACCGCGGCACUAAUUCAUGUCUUCACUCUUCGUUCCUAUGGCCCUAGGAGCGUUGAGAGAAUGAAGGCGCAGGAAUCACUCCUGACGUGCGUCCAGGCGCUCGGGGAGAUGAGCCAGACAUACAAAAGUGCGUCGAGAUCGCUAGAGGUCCUUACAUCUCUAAGGCAGUGUUGGCAGCCAGGCAUAUUCGCAACUCAUAAAAGAAAGAGAUAAGGGCACGAUUAAUAUAUAUUAUUCAAUAUGUUAGACGGAUAUUCAGGAUAUUCAGAGAGUCUUAAUUUCUUGAUUUGAGAGCAGGAGUGGCUGUCUAUUAUUACAGGAAGGUUAAAAGAACUAGGUGUUGAAAGAAGGCAUGUAGCCUAAACGGGACUGGCAUCCAUCCUCAAAGGAACUAGGUACCUUAGCUAUGGAAAGCUCCCGCGUAAGGGAAGCAGCCGCACGCACGAGGUAAAAUCUGGAGAUGCUUGUUUUUGGUUGGCUUGCAAUCGACUUAUGGCUUGGUAUUCAACUCUACGGAGU